AUGUUUCUGAAAAAAACGAAGGAACUAAUUAACAAAACUUUUUUUCUAAAAAAUCCAAAUACAAAAAAAGAAUUAGAAUAUGGUCAAUCAUUUGCUUUUACUGGAAUGCAAGGAUGGAGAAUAUCAAAUGAAGAUGUUCAUAAACAUUUAGUUCCAAUUGAUGAUCAAACAUGGAAACUUUGGUCUUAUUUUGCUAUUUUCGAUGGGCAUAAUGGAAUUGAUACAGCAAAAAAUGCAUCUAAUCUUCUUGAUAAAUAUUUAUUUGAUGCAUUUAAUCAAAUUGGAAAUAACCCAAACAAUGAUUUAAUUCAUGUAUCUCAAUUUCAUCAAAAUCAAUUGUAUUAUUUUAUUAAAAAUAAAUUUCUUCAAUUAGAUAAACAAUUAUCUACCUUAAUUAAUGAUCAAAGUGGAUCUAUAUCAUGUUUAAUUGGACCAAAAUAUAUUUAUUUAAUUAAUCUUGGCGAUUCUCGUGGAAUAAUUAUUUCAAAUGAUGGACAAGUAUUAGAAUCUACGAAAGAUCAUAAACCAAAUGUUGAGCAAGAGAAAAAACGAAUUCAGAAAGCUGGUGGAAGAAUAACUCAAUUUGGAAAUGAUGUUCCACGUGUUGAAAGUAAACUUGCUGUUAGUCGAACAUUAGGUGAUUAUUCAUUAGAUAAACAUGUAAUUCCAGCUUUACCUGAUAUAAUUCAAUAUUCAAGAAAUUCUUUAGCAUCAUUUGUUAUUAUUGCUUGUGAUGGUAUUUGGGAUGUUAUGAACAAUGAACAAGUUGCUUUAUUCGUUUCUCAAAAAGCAAUAAAUACAUCAAUUAAAGAUAUAGCAUCACAAUUAUUAGAUCAUUGUUUAAAUUUAGGAACUACCGAUAAUAUGAGUGUUUAUAUUAUCAAAAUUUAA